GGUUUUUACCAUUUAUUGAACUCCGAACACUUUAGUAUAUUCAAACAAGAGCAUGCCAAUAUAUAUCAAGACAUGUGUCAGCCCAUUACUAAUUAUUUUAUCAAUUCAUCUCAUAACACUUAUUUAGAGGGAGACCAGUUCAACAGUUACAGCAAAGUUGAAUGCUAUAUUAAUGCAUUGACAUCUGGUUGCAGAUGCGUAGAAAUAGACGCUUGGGAUGGCGUUAAUGAACCUGUUGUAUGCCAUGGAUUUGCUUACACAACAAAAUUACUUUUUUCUGAUGUCAUUGCUGCUAUUAACAGUUACGCUUUUCAAACAUCCAAAUGCCCUGUAAUUAUAUCUAUUGAAAAUCACUGUGGGAUUGAACAACAGAUAAAAAUGGCCAAAAUUAUGCGAAAUACAUUUAAAGAGAAACUUUAUACUGAGCAACUGAUAGAAAAAUGUCCUUGUCCAUCCGAUCUGAUGGGGAAAAUAAUCAUCAAAAAAUGUAACAAAAAACUAUCCAACGCUAAAAAUUCGUGUAAAAAAAACAUUGCGAAGGAAGCGUCAGAAGAUAUGUUCGAUGAUUCUGAAUUUGAUUUCAAUUCUGCGAACGUACCCUCCAAAGGAAAUGCAUCAAAAAUUUCAGCUGAGUUAUCUGAUUUAGUUACCAUAUGUCAGUCAACGAGCUUCACCAGUUUCAACCAUUCUGCUUCCCACCAUUCUUUCCAAAAUAUUUGUUCUUUUGAUGAAAACAAAGCUUUGGAACUGGCUCAAACUGAUCUGAACGGUUUUAUAAAGCACAAUAUGACAGUGAUGUCGAGGACCUAUCCGUCGGGCACCAGGUUGAAGUCCAGUAAUUAUGAUCCAAUGCCGCUCUGGAUGGCUGGUUGCCACAUAGUUUCGUUGAACUAUCAAACGCCUUCUCAGCCUAUGUAUAUUAACAAAGGCAUGUUCAAUGAUAAUGGCAACUGCGGUUUUCUUCUGAAGCCUCAAUUUUUAAGGAAAGAACAGUCCGAACGACAGUCCGAACGACAGACAGAAGAGUUAAAACAGCAGAUCAAGGAACAGUCCGAACGACAGACAGAGGAGUUAAAACAGAUCAAGGACCAGCUAAAACUCGUAAAAUUGGAAGUGGCAGAACAGAUUGAAGAACAGUCAACAAGAAUAGAAAUGAUCGAGCAGAAACUUGAUCGUUUCAAUCCCACAUGGAAUUUCAAAAUGAAAUUUCAAAUAAUGUGUCCUGAAUUAGCAAUGUUCUUGUUUGAAGUAUACGAUUAUGAAAAUUUAGGCAAAGAUGUCCUUGUAGCUCAAUAUUCAAUACGUCUAACGAACAUCGCUCGUGGUAUGGCUUAUUUUUUUCGAAACUUUGUGCAUUUUUACAAAAAUGUAUUUUUACAUAUAACCAAAAUUAAACGAAAAUUAUAG